AACAUCACCAUUAACUUCUGGUUUUUGGAGCCGCUAGGAGCUCAAUAACCGCCUUAACGUACUAGUUGUUCAAAGUUGUUAAAUCCUUUUCAAACCCCCCUUCCGACACCAAAGUCCAGCAAGGCUGAAACCAUUCGUGAGUUUGCGAAAGUGAAGUGCGAAUUUUGACCAAAAAAAAUUUCAACAAAAAAAAAAUAAAAAAGAACUUAAAGACCUCUUGUGAGAACUAGUCAACAAUUUAGUUUAACUAGUUUGUAAAUCCGAAAUUUGUUUCUGUGGACGUCAUCCAUAGCUGUUUGUGGCGUUAUCUGCUUCUUUUUGCUGCAUUUUUUUCUUCUUUAAAUUUUUGUGCGGAAGCCGCCGAGAGAAAAAGUUCUAAACAAAUCGAACUCAUAGAAUGGUAGAAGGUGACUCUAAUAAAAACUCCAGUAACUCCUAUAAUGUAGAAAGUGGCCAACAACCAAACUACAACACAAGCACAGUCGACAAUCGUUCCAUUAUCCAACCCUACGGCCUGGGCACCGAUUCCAAGGAUCUCGGCUAUCACAUCAACGACGCCUAUGAAGUGGACAAAAAUGAUUUAGAAAAAGCCAAUGGCGGCCGUUCGGCCGGCGGCAUGAAAGCCGGCUUCGAACAGGCCAUUGAGCUGUGCGGCUAUGGCAAAUUCCAUUACAUUCUGCUGGCCAUCUGUGGUCUGGUCAGCACGAGCGAAGAGAUGGACGUUAUCAGUAUGUCUUUCAUCCUGCCGUCAGCGCAAUGCGAUUUGAAUUUGAAUACCGAGACCAAAGGCUGGCUGAAUUCGAUCAUCUUCAUUGGUAUGAUGGUCGGUGCCUACUUUUGGGGUAGCAUUGCUGAUUCGAUGGGCCGUAAGAAAGUAUUGAUCGUCAUUUCUUUUAUGAAUGGUUUUUGCAUUGUCGCUUCGUCAUUUUCGCAAACUUACGAAUGGUUUAUGCUGUUUCGAUUCCUCAACGGUGCUGCCCUUGGCGGCAGUGGCCCUGUCAUCUGGUCUUAUUUCGCCGAAUUCCAACCGAAAUCGAAACGUGGCUCCAUGUUGAGUUUCAUGGCAGCCUUCUGGACUUUCGGUAACCUCUUUGUGGCCGGCCUCGCCUGGCUCAUCAUCCCAACCGGCAUUGGUUUUGUCACACCCCUCUUCACCUACAACUCAUGGCGUAUUUUCUUGAUGGUUUGCUCCCUGCCCUCCUUUGUGGUGGCCUUCCUCUUGUUCUAUCUACCCGAAUCGCCCAAGUUCUUGCUGUCCAAGGGUAAACAGGAUAAGGCUAUGGCCAUUUUCCGUGGCAUUUUUGUGACCAAUACCAAAAAGGCGCCCGAACUGUAUCCCGUCACCGAACUGGAUAUCGAUGAGAAACUGAUGGCUGAAAUCCAGGAGGCCCGCGACUCGGUCAAGGGUAAAUACUCGAAAAUGUUGUCGGGUAUGGUGGAUCACAGCAAACAGUUGUUUACCUCGCCCAUCUUGAAAUUCACCCUGGUUUCGAUCAUCAUCAAUUUCACCUUCCACAUUGGUUACUACGGUCUGAUGAUGUGGUUCCCCGAGCUGUUCAAUCGCUUCGAGGAGUACAGCUCCAAUUUCCCCGGCGAGAAGGCCGGUGUGUGUACCGUCACCGAAUAUGUGGUCGGCAAGGACAACCACGAAGAUGCCGUCUGUUCAUCGCACAUUCCCUCGGCUGUAUUUAUGGAGUCGCUGAUCUCCUUGGCUUCCGCUCUGCCCGCCAACUUGAUUGCCAUCUUGGGUAUGGACUUGUUGGGUCGUAAAUUCUUCUUGAUCUUCGGUACCAUGACGGCCGGUGUCUGUUCGGCUGCCAUGUACUUUGUCUUCAACUCCACCCAGAAUUUGAUUGUCUCGGCCGUGUUCAGUGGUGCCAUUUCUGCUGCCAAUGCCGCCCUCGACUGUCUGAUCACUGAAGUAUUUCCCACGCAUUUGAGAGCCACCGGUGUGGCCAUUUCCAUGGUUGCCGCCCGUAUGGGUGGUAUCAUUGGUAAUAUUGUCAUUGCCACGCUGCUGGAUCAAUACUGUCCUGCCCCAACCUUCAUUGUGGCUGUGCUCCUGAUGGGUGGUGGCCUGAUGUGUCUGCUCUUGCCCAACACAACACGCAAGGAACUGAACUAAAUAAACAAAAGCUUUGUAUUCCAAUUUGAAAUCGGAACAAAAACAGUCCCACCCAGAAUUUGUCCGUUAGCUGCGACACCACCACCUACACCACACAUCAUGCCCACUUACACAAACACACGCGCUCACACGAAUACAUCGACAUACAAGCCAACACUCACA